AUGUUCCAAAUACAAAGAUACGAAAUUGAACAAGAUCCGUUUCAGGAUGCUUCUACUGUGAGCACUGAGAGGUUAUCAAAGAUCAAUGAACGUAUUCAGCUUAAAAGAAAACGACCCAUAAAAAAGGAAGUAAGUGGAAAGGAUGACUCUAUCCAAAAGGUUGCUUCCACCAAAAAAAAGGAUGACUUUAUCCAUAAGGUUGCUUCCACCGAAAAAAAGGAUGAUUCUAUCCAAAAGGUUGCUUCCACCGAAAAAAAGGAUGACUUUAUCCAAAAGGUUGCUUCCACCGAAAAAAAGGAUGACUCUAUCCAAAAGGUUGCUUCCACCGAAAAAAAGGAUGACUUUAUCCAAAAGGUUGCUUCCACCGAAAAAAAGGAUGACUCUAUCCAAAAGGUUGCUUCCACCGAAAAAUUAUCGAAAAAUAUAUCAAAAAAUACACAUGAUGAUUUAUCCUUGCAACAACGGGUGAAAAUUACAAAAAACGUUCCUGUGUUACUAGCGUUUCCAACAUUCGAGAGACCAAAGCAAACACCACAAGAGAUUGCGGUCGUUAAAUCGUUGGGUAUACCUGACUGGUUGGCUAAUCCAACCAUUGUUGAGUCAGAUUCAACGAAAACAAUUGAUGAUCCAUCUAUUGGCUUAUCAGAGAGAUUGAUUAAACGUUGUAAAGCACUUGGAAUUCAGGAGUGUUUUGCAGUACAAACGGCAGUUAUUCCACUGUUGAUACACUCACGAAAUCUAUCAGAUACUCAUAAAUCACCUGUCGAUAUUUGUGUAUCUGCACCGACGGGAAGCGGCAAAACCCUGGCAUACGUGCUACCAAUAAUUGAUAUUCUCUCAAGGCGUAUUGUAACUCGCUUAAGAGUUCUGAUUAUUCUUCCUACAAGAGAUUUAGUGGUCCAAGUUAAAGAAACAUUUGAUGCUUUUUGUAAAGGCUCGAGUUUGAAG